AUGGUUCUCUCAAAGCUAAUCGAAGAAAACCCUCCCGAUUUCCUCUCCAGCCUCCUCCGCGGCAACAUGGUCUCAAUCACCUACACCAAAAACCACGUCACAAUCACCACCCACUGGCCCAUCACCAUCUUAAAAGCCAUCUCCACCCGCUUCAAGCCCCUCGACAAACACGCCCCAAACCAGUCCCUCAGCAUCCUCGAUUGUCUCGACGAAGCACAGUCAAAAUUCGAAGCCAAGAUGUUUUGCUCCACUGUAAGCGAUCUGAUGGAUCAUUUUGGAAAAUGGUUGUAUACUGGAAACAUCGAUAUUGAGGGAUUGAUGGUGUGGGAUUUGUGGAUGUUUGGAGAAGCCUUCAGGGCGCCGAGAUACCAGAAUGAUGUUAUGAGAGCGCUGUGUGCGAAGGCGUCGGAGAAUAAUCCUUCGUUGGUGAUUAUUAAGUAUUUUGGGUUUGAUGCGGCGACGUUGAAGAGAUGUUGGGAUCAAGUGGAUUUUACGGGUGAUUGGACUCGUGGGUGCUCGGUCGAAAGUGGAUCUGUGUAUUGGGGAAAUAAACAGAUGUUAAAGUUUAUCAUGGAUGUGAUCGUUGGUGGAUAUAUUGCUGAGCAAAUCCACAAAUUGUCAGUCGAAGUUGCUCGUGGCAAGACAUCGAUGGCGGCUCCGUGGAAGUCUAGAAAUCUUAAAAAGUACCUCGUAAAUGAGGCUAUUCUUGUAGAGGAUUCUAGCUCGGAUGAAGAGAUUGGGAAUAGUUCGGAAGAGGAUACGAAGGAUAUCGAGGAAGAUACAGAGAGUACUGCAGGUGAUGAUGAUGAUGAUGAUGAUGAUGAUGAUGCGGAGGUUAACGAAGAGGAUGGUGAUGACGACGACGAAGACGAAGAGAUGAAGGAUGGCAUUAAGGAGGAGGAAGAAGAAGAAGAAGAAGAAGAAGAAGAAGAAGAAGAAGAAAGCUCCUUCACCGCAGAAGAACUCCUUGCUGAAGGUCAUCGCCUUGCACAACCAAGACAUGUAUAG